GCUUGGCGGAAGCUCUCUAGGAGGUAUGGCGCCCGGUUGGUAUACACGCCCAUGAUCAACGCCAAGAUGUUCGCUGACGCAAAGCACAAACACUACCGCGAAGUCCGGUUUAACACCGCGCAUGGAGAAGAAGGCGGACCUGAAGACAGGCCGCUCAUCAUCCAGUUCUGCGCCAACAACCCUGACCACCUCCUCACCUCUGCCAAGGCACUCGAGACGUACUGCGAUGCGGUCGACAUCAACCUUGGGUGCCCGCAAGACAUCACGAAGAAGGGUCAUUAUGGGUCGUUCUUGCAGGAUGAGUGGGAUCUCAUUCACGACCUCAGUGAUCGGCAUCGGCACAAGAACCUGUCCAUCCGCGUCACUGCCAAGUUCCGGGCGUUCCCAACGGUCGAGAAGACGGUCGCAUACGCGAAGAUGCUCGAGCACGCCGGGGCGCAAAUGCUCAGAUGUCACGGCCGCACGCGCGAACAACGGGGCCACAGAUCUGGAGUCGCGGACUGGGAGAAGAACCGGGCGGUGAAGAACGCGGUCUCCGUGCCCGUCGUCGCGAACGGGAACAUGCUCUUCCACGGGGACGUCGAGAGGUGCCUCGCUGCGACGGGCGCGGACGCUGUCAUGUCCGCCGAGGGUAACCUCUACAACCCUGCCAUCUUCACUCCCGCCCAACCCUCUGCCUCUACCUCCACGACCGCCUCCCCCAUAGCGAAAUACCUCACCGGCCUUCACCCGCGAAGCACCAUCCUGGCCUCAGAGUACCUCACGAUCGUCCGCGAGCAGAAGACGCCCACGGCGCCGAGCGCGGUCAAGGGCCACCUCUUCAAGCUCCUCCGGACGGCGCCUGCGAAGCACACGGACCUGAGGGAGCGAAUGGGCCGCGUGCGCGUGGAGAAGGAUGAGCGCACCUGGGACGGCACGUUCGAGCAGUACGAGGAGAUCGUGCGGGAGCUCGACGCACGGCUGGAUGUGAGUGCUCAUGCCGCCCCUUGUCUUGAGAGCUCGCGGCGCACGCACCUUGAUACCGCGACCAGCUUCCCUAUCCUCCCCCACUGGCUCGUGUGCUGA